GCAGCGAGGCGGAGCCCGGAGCGCGGCCCGGCGUCGGGGCGGGGGGGGGGGCGGCUCCGGCGUCCGCCCCGUCGCGGCUCCGCUCGCUGCGGCCGCGGGGGGCUGCGGCCGCCCGGGAAACGCGGGCGCUCCCAUGGGAGCGGGGCGCCGCCUCCCUCGGGGGUUGUUGGCGGUGAGCAACCGCUCGGAGAGCUGCUUCCGCGGGGGGGCCGGGCCCGGGGCCCCCCCGGAGCUGCGCCAGAUGUCCCGCACUAACGGGGCCCGUGGUGGGAGGACCUGCCAGCGUUAGCCAGCCCCUCCUCUGAGGCUGAAGAUGGUGUUGAGGCCCUGGUGAGGGGCGAAAGGGCAAGCGAGCUGACCCGCAGCCCCCGUGCUCCUCACACCGCCGCAUCCCCCCCCGUGAGAGCCAUGGAGGCCCCCCUGGACGUGCCCGUGGGGAACCUCAUCGACUUCGACUCCGAGACGCCCGCCCCCGCCGAGCCCUCGCCUCCGGACCCCCCCGGCGGGGACAGGGACAGGGACGCGGAGGAGAGCGACGCCACCGAGUCGGCGGACAGCGAGAACGACAUGGGCUAUUCGCCCAGCCGCUGGAGCAGCUACCGCCGCUCGUCCUCCAACGAGUCCUUCUCCUCCAACCAGAGCACCGAGUCGGCCAAGGACGAGGCGGCGGCCGAGCGCCGGGAGUUCAUGCGGCACUACGUGGAGAAGGUCUUCACCGGGGGAGAGGAUCUGGACCAAGAAGAGAAGGCCAAGUUUGGUGAGCUCUGCAGCGGCGAGAACGGGAAGGGCAGGGAAUGGUUCGCACGAUACGUGAGCGCUCAGCGCUGCAACUCCAAGUGCGUCUCGGAGCAGACCUUCUACCGCCUGAUGCAGUCUUUCGCCCUCGUGCUGUUUGAGUGUCACCAGAUGGAUGACUUCAGCCCUGCCAAGAAUCUAAUGACCAUGUGUUUCACUUACUACUACAUCGGCAAACCGCACGCGCUGCCCUUGGAGACCAAGGAGAAGCCCAUGGGCAGCAUCGACUCGUACCUGAAGUCAGCCAACAGCUGGCUGGCUGAGAAGAAGGACAUCGCGGAGCGGCUGCUGAAGAACACGUCAGCCAAGACUGAGAACGUGAAGGGCUUCUUCGGGGGCCUGGAGACCAAACUGAAGGGCCCCGCAGCCCGGAAGAGCGAAAGCGAAGGGGAGGACAAGCCAAAGGAGAAGCUGAAGAAGACAGUUUCUGUGCAGAGCCCAGAGGAGGAGAAGAAAGGAGAGAAGAUCUACCUGUACAUGCACCUCAAGCAACAGCCGAUCUGGCACAACCUGAGGUUUUGGAACGCCGCCUUCUUCGACGCGGUUCACUGCGAGCGGAGGAAGAGGUCCCCCACCACCAGAGGGAACGCUGGAGAGGAAGAGGACGAGAGGGAGAAGUGGUGCCACAUGACGCAGGAGGAGCGCGACGACAGCCUGCGCUUCAACGAGAACAUCACCUUCGGGCAGCUGGGCACCUUCAUCCACAACAUGCUGGCCUUCGGCCUCAGCAAGAAGCUCUGCAGCGACUUCCUCAAGAAGCAGGCGACCAUCGGUAGUUUGGAUGAAGAGCAAUACAAGCUGCUGAGCGACCACAUCGAGCAGAUGGCUGCUGCCUAGGUUCCUCCCGGGGUGCCACGGCCAGCGGAGCCGAGCAGGAGCGAGCCGGCGGGCGGGCAGCGACUGCCGUGACUGCAGAUGGGCUAUUUAAAAACAACCCCCCCACAUACACACGUACACAUGUACAUGCACACACACACACACCCUGCAAUAAACCCGCAUGACCGUCAGCCGAGCCUUAGAGCUGCGCCAUGGGCAGCCUGUAGAAAUAGGAGCCCCCUCCCUUGCCACAGCCUCCCCCAGCUGUUUUCAGUAUAGACUUUCCCAGGUGUAUUUUGUCAGUUCAAAAAAAAAAAAAAAAAAGGUAAGAGAGAAGCACCGAGGAGCAGCCCUGCUGCGUGUUCGUGGGGUCCAGGGCAGCCGCCCUGCUUUGCCCUCGCCCGCGGCGCUGCCCACCCUCGUCGUUGCCCGGUGCAUGGAGCGGGGUGCCGGUGCCUUUGCUCGACGGCUCCCCGAGGCCGGUCCGGCUGCCCGGCGGAGCACUGCAGCCGCUUUGCAUCGUUGGACCUCUCUCCCUGCUGCAGUAAGGGGGUUGCGAUGUGGUUUUGGAUGCAGUUGAGGGACUUUCCAAGGAAACGCCGGUCUGCUCUGGUGCUAGGAGCGAGGAGGGGAGUCGGUUCUCGAGGAUGGCAGUGUUUGGGAAGCGGAGGCAAUGGGAGUCUGUUUCGGUUUGGCAUCAGGUCGCAUUGCAUUGCACACCCAAAGCGUCACCGCAGGCGGCUGCGUGGGAGCUGCCCGCGGCUUUGCUGCAAGCAGAGGUCUCCUGGUGGCAAAGCGCUGCUGCCAUCAGUGCUGGGCUCCUCGGGAGCCGGAGAGAAACCUUUCCCUGGGGAGCUUCCCUGCGCCUGCUUUGGGUGGACGUAUGUGCUUUUGUGCAUCUCGGUGAAAGAGAAAAUGCAGUUUGCUCCGGAUCGUUAGCCUCGAUCAGCAGGAAAUCAGCCUUGGCCUUUGGGGCGCUUGCGGGAGAGGAGGAAGAGGAGCUUGGCGGGCUGUCGGGGCAGCAGGGCUCAGAGCGGCUGUGGGGCAGCCCCAUCUGCCAGGGGCUUUUUUCCUCUUGCAAACUUGAGCUGGUCUGCAAAUCCCCUGGGAAGAGGUGCCUCCCCUGGGAAGAGGUGCCUCCCCCGGCUCGGCUCGCCUGGGCGCUUGGCGGUGGCAGGGAGCGCGUGUCCCGUCCCCCUCCGGGGAGAUGCGCGGCGGCAGCUUUCCCUCCCAACCCUGUUCCCGGCUGUGGUUUUUGGCGUUGGGCGAUGGAGGGCUGCGUGAGGCCCCUCUGCCACCCAGCACCACACCGCGUGCCGGGUUAAUCUUCCGGCUGCAUCGCUGCACUCCUGCUCCCAGGUCCCCUCAAUCAAACCUUAAAUAGCCUUGUCCAAGCACUUGCAUUCCUGCGCUUGAGCGAGCCCGGCCUGCAGCCUGUCUGGUUUUUUGCUGGCUGAACACGGUCACGCUGGGUCCCUCCGUGGGCAGGGAAGCAGGCUGGAGCCUGCGAGUGCCCGUGCCGGCGUGGCAUCGCUCGUGCUGCAGCGGCCGUCGUCGCGCGCUCGGGGUCGGCAUCUCCACGGAGGUGUUCAUCUCGCGGCAGGUUUCCAUGCAUCCGCAUUUCCCAGGACCGGCGCUCCGGGUUUCCCCGUGCUGCCAGCUGCAUCCUGUAAGAUAAAUAGCGUAGCGGGGUUUUUCCAUGUAGCUCUUCGUCUGCAGUGUCGUUUCCUACCGCCAAGGCGAUGCUUCUACCGAGGCUGGAGCAAAGGUGCUGGUUGUCUGUCUUUGAGGGACCCGCGGUUUCGCUGCUCAAAGCCUGCCUGCGCGCAGGCUACGAGCUGCGAAAGGUCGGGACGCCGAUUUAGUCUUCAGCUGAACCUUGGAGAAAAGGUGUUGCACGUGUUUUUUCUCCCCCGUCGCUGCCGGGAAUUGGGGCGUUGCUGGGGACGCUGCUCCCUCCCAGGGCGCCGAGGAAGGCUCCGUCCCAGCACUGACUUUCUUGGGCCUCCCCAAAACCCAGGACCAGGGAGCGUGUGCUCGUGAGGGCGAAUUGCUGCUGGAGGGACUCGUUUGCACUUUGUGUCCGACGGAAAGGGCGCGUUGGCGGAGCGCGGGUGCCGGGACCUGCCGCCUCCAGCAGCCCUCGUCCGAGCAGCGCCAAGGGUGCGGCGGCUCCGGUUCUUCCCCGAGUUCUGCUUUCGUUGUUUAUUUUUCCAACAUUAAAGAAGUUUAGCAGCAAAAAAAUAUUAUUUGCAUGGGUAUUUUUCUAAAAAAAAAAAAAAAAAAAAAAAAAAAAAAAAGCCUACAACUGCUGCCCCUCGUUCCGUGAUGCUCGCGGCUCCCGUGGGAUUUCCAGCACCGUCUUUUACCCUCUGUAUAAGUGGUCGUGAGUUCUGCUGUUUGACUUUGAUGCUGUACUUAAUGCCGCGGCGUCGCGUGCCGAGCGCGGUCGUUAGGCGAUCAAUCGUGCCGUGUCGCCUGUGCCGCUUUAUGUGCUGUGGGUUCUUGGGUUAUUGAUUUAUUGGAGACAUUUCCAAGCUGCGUGUCGAGGGGGGACUUCCAUAAACCCUUCCUGACCGGGACUGCGUGAAGGACGGGGCGAGAGAGAGGCUGGAAUAAAUCGUCUUAAAAAUGA